CGGGCUCCGGGCUCUGGGUGCGCGGACGGGGCCAGGCUGCUUGAGGGUGGAUGGGUUGGCCGCACCUCCUCGCCCAGCCUCAGUUUCCCCUCUCUGAGACCUUGCGACCCGUGCGAGCAGAGCCGCCCUGCACCACCAUGUGCAUCAUCUUCUUUAAGUUUGAUCCUCGCCCUGUUUCAAAAAAUGCAUACAGGCUCAUCUUGGCAGCCAACAGGGACGAAUUCUACAGUCGACCCUCCAAAUUAGCUGAUUUCUGGGGGAACAACAAUGAGAUCCUCAGCGUGGGACCCUCAUCUUCCUGCAUCCUCCCCAGGGGGCCCCACAUCAGUGUUCCUAGGAGAAGAGCACAUCCCUGCAGCCUUGGACACAGCAUCUGUCCCCUGCCCACAGGUGAACUUGUCACCCACUUUCUGACCACUGAUGUGGACAGCUUGUCCUACCUGAAGAAGGUCUCUGUGGAGGGCCAUCUGUACAAUGGCUUCAACCUCAUAGCCGCCGACCUGAGCACAGCAAAGGGAGAUGUCAUUUGCUACUAUGGGAACCGAGGAGAGCCUGAUCCCAUCGUUUUGACUCCAGGGACCUAUGGACUGAGCAACGCGCUGCUGGAGACACCCUGGAGGAAGCUGUGCUUUGGGAAACAGCUCUUCCUGGAGGCUGUGGAGCGGAGCCAGGCGCUGCCCAAGGACGUGCUCAUCGCUGACCUCCUGGAUGUGCUCAACAACGAAGAGGCGCAGCUGCCGGACCCGGCCAUCGAGGACCAGGGCCGGGAGUACGUGCAGCCCAUACUGAGCAAGUACUCGGCUGUGUGUGUGCGCUGCCCUGGCUACGGCACCAGAACCAACACCAUCAUCCUGGUAGAUGCGGAUGGCCAUGUGACCUUCACUGAGCGUAGCAUGCUGGACAAGGACCCCUCCCACUGGGAGACCAGCACCCACGAAUUCACACUGCAGAGCUAACCCCACUUCUGGGCGUGCCCAGUGGGCUCCUGGGAGGCCCCGCCUUGGGGACAGUUUGGACGGGAAACCUUCCUUGGCCAUACUGCACUGCACUGCCUGUGGCGUGGCCAGCAUCGAAGCUCAGGGCCCUGUGGUUUGUGUGUUAUCCGUCUGUGUCCCCACGCCCAGCUCAGGUCUGCCUUUAUGCCAGUGGGGAGCAGCAGAGUCUGACACCAGGUCUAGGGCUGGCCCAGACAUACCAUGAACAUGUGGAUACAUCUGAGCCCACUCCUGCACAUGUACACAGCCACACACACAGCACACCCAUACACUCCUGCACGUGCGCAAGCACGCACACACAAGGCACAUACGUGCACACCGACACAUGCACAGGUGUGUGCACACGUACAUGCAUAGGUGUACUACACAUGUGCACAGCUGCACACACACACAGGUGCACACAUACCAUGUCGGAUGAGGCAGCAGGGUGACUCUUACCCCUCAUGUGCUUUUGGCCAGUGGGUUUUUGUUCUGAUCCAACAAUAGGAGUAGGCUGGUGUUUAACAGCGGCCCCUCCUCUCCUGUGGCCAUAGAGCACAGGUGUGCUUGGAUUCUUGACAAGCAGAGCCGCCCCUGCAGAAGAGACAGCCACGUUUGGAAUCGGGCACCAAGAAGACCUGAGAGAAACCCACUCUGAUAACAGAAGUGCAGACUCACUGGCAGACUCAGUGGCCUUGAGUGUACCAGGUGUCCUGUGUGUUGGGGACAAUACUGUGUGUGCCGGGAGGCUCCAUGUGCACCAGGGGCUCUCAGACCCCCACUUGCCCAGCUGGAGGCCAUGGCUCUGGUGGCCCCAUCUCAGCCAGCCCUGCCCUCUCCCUCCUCUUUGCCAGUGAGGCAAACUUCGUAGGAAUCUGUACCUGAAUAUGAACUGCUGAUAAUAAAACUGAGGCUGUGGUGAGCG